AUGGCUCUGAGUCAGAGGGCUAGUCUGGUCCUCUGUGAAGACCCAAAGAAGACACCCAGUUUCAGCUCCACUGGGGCCCCAGGUUUAGGCUCGGGCACCAUCUCUGGGCCAAACCCAGGCACAGACCUUGUUCCUGCCCUGAAUGUCCCCCCGAGUCCUGGCUUGGCUCUUGUCCCAGACCUUCAUCCAAUUCUGAGUCCUGUCUCCGAGGAGGCCCCUGGCCUCGUGUCUGAUAGCACCCCCAGUCCUGAUGAGAGCGGGGCCGUGGCUCCAGCCGCCCUCCAGACCACCCCUCCCCCCUCCGGCGAGGCCCUGGGCCUGGAGCUGAAUCACAUCUCGAGGCCUAACUCACAGGAGGCCCUACAUCCAGCCUCACCGCUCGUUCCGAGCCCUGACUCUGCCGAGGCCCAGGGUCCGAGCUCGGACAACCCCUCUGGGCUGAAUUCUGAGGAGGCCUUCAAUCCCCACUCAAGCAAGGCUUUUGAGUUGGGUCAGAACAACUCCAACCCUUCCAGGUCUGAAUCCAACCCAUUUUUAAGGACCUUUUCAAGAGAAGCCCUCGUUCUGGGCCCCUGCCUCUCCAGGCCAUGCUCCAAAGCGCUCCUUAUCCCAGCCUCAGGCUCGAUGGAUUCCCCCUCCAAUCACCUGCUCAGUGUGGGCUCAAGAACCAUCUCCAAGCUGGACCUGAAAGGGGCUCCAGGUCCCUGUGGGACCCUAAGCCCAAGCACCAACGAGACCAUCAAGUUGGUUUCCCAGGACAUCUCUGGGUCUGUUUCAAAAGGAUCCUUUGGUGCAGCCUGGAAGACGAGUUCCAAGGGAAACAUCAAUGUGGCUUUAAAUAGCAAUUCCAGGUCUGAUGUGAACGUGACCGUCACUCAGGCCUCCUGCUUGACCGUGAUUCCUGGCUUCCAGGAUGAUAUCAGCCUGCGCUCCAGCACCCGUAGACCCAACUCGGUCCCUUCUCCAACCUCGUGCAUGACCUUGAUAAUGGGCUCCAAGGAGACCCUGAGCCUGAGCUCUAGCCUCAUCUUUAGCGACACAUCCACCCUGACCCUGAGCAGCCAGCAGGAUGAUUCUGAGGACAACACCAUCCACACCGUGCCCCUGGAGGAAAGUCAGAGCUGGAGCGAGAUGGCCAAUUCCGAGAUGAGCCGGUUCCCGCUGGUGUUCCCCACCUGCAACACCGCGGACAAGGGCACCGCCGCCUUCCACAGCGUCCCUGAGCAAGUUCCCCUUGUGGCAGCUGGGGAGGAGCGGGCACGCCUGCAGGUGGCGGGCGGCGGCUGCGGGGGAGGGACAGCCGGUGUGGCGCUCACCCUGCGGCUUUGCCCUCUGCUGCCCCCCGAGGUCGAGAAUGUCAUCACCCUCCAGAAGAGCCAGGAUGUGCCGGAAGGUGACGGAGAGAAGAAGACCAUGAUGAAGAAGAUGAUGCAGAUCCAGGAGGAGCCGCUGGAUUCCCUCUCCAGCUCCGUCCGUCGGGGCAUGGAGACCCUGACGCAGCUGAGCCACACCCAGCCGGCCCUGGGUGUCCGGGAGCGGUCCGAGCUGGUGAACACGUGCGUGAGGAGUGUGUUCUCCCUGCCCUCCGUGCAGGCCAUGCAGGAGAAAGAUGAGGCCAAGGCUGAGAGCAUACAGAUCCUCUACCGCCAGACCCUGGAUGCCCUGCAGACACUGCUCAACGCUCUUUUUGUUGAGGACCCCACUCCUGCUGGGCUGAAGAGCAUUUUGGAGCCCCCCGGGCCCUGGAUGAACUCUGGAAAGGCCCAUGAGCGAGCGCCCCCCUGUGAACACAUUUGGGACAAAUAUUUGGCCCCUAGGCGAUGUCCCCUGCUGCCCAGGAACCACUCAGACCUCCUGAGUGGAGCCAGAGAUAAGAGUGAGACCGACAAGAGGGAACUGUAUGAGAGCAACAAGCGGUUCUUGGGGCCCUACAACCCUGCCAGCCCAUGCCAGAACAUUCUGCGUGUCAUCGCGGAGUUCGGAGACUUCCUGGGGCCCCAGCAGGUGAAGGACCUGUUGCUAGCCGCCCUGGAAGGGCUGACAGGCGGCUCGGAGGCCGAGGCUCAGGGGAGAGACUCGGGGGAGAUGAUGCAGCUGGCCUCGGAGGUGACGCUCAGCUCAGUGCUGGAGUGGUACCGGCACAGGGCGCUGGAGGUGAUCCCGGAAAUCACGCAGGCCAUCUACGUGCAGCUGAGCCACAUCCAGGAGCCUCGGGCCCGCGAGGUGGCCCUGCUGCCCAUCUCUCUCCUGGCCAGCUCGUUUAUGACCGAGGUCGUCGUGGCCCUGCUCAUGUGCCCCCUCCCACUGGACAGCAAUGGAGCAGAGAUGUGGAGGCAGCUGAUACUGGGCAAGCCCAGCUGUGAAGUCCGAGACCUCCUGGACCUGCUCCUGACCAGCCUGAAGGAGAAGCCUGUCACCAAGAAGGGCAGGGCCUCCAUCGUGCCCCUAGCGGCAGCCAGCGGCCUGUGUGAGCUCCUGUCGGUGAACAGCUGCCUGGGCCGCGUGAGGCGCCUCUACCCCCAGCUGCUCCUGGCGCUGCUCAUUCAGGUCCAUUACCACAUCGGCCUCAACCUACCUCGCCGCCUGCCUUCCCAGCCUGACCGCAAGGACGCCAAGAAGGACGCACAGCCCUCCGUCUUCGAACCCGUGCGCUGGGUGGUCAAAGUGGUGAAAACCCUGCUGCUGAAGAUGGGCUGCUCAUACGAGGCCACCUUUCUGGAUGACCAGGGCGGCUGGGAGCUCAUGGGGCAGGAGGAGAACCACCACCGAGGCGUGUCCCUGCUGGCCAGGGCCAUGGUGCAGUACUCCUGCCAGGAGCGGUGCCGCAUCCUCUACCUGCUCAUCCCGCUCCUGGAGCGUGGCGAUGAGAAGCACAAGAUCACGGCCACCGCCUUCUUCGUGGAGCUCUUCCAGAUGGAGCAGGUGCGGCGGAUCCCCGAGGAAUACUCCUUGGGGCGGAUGGCGGAAGGCCUGAACCACCAAAACCCCAUCAUGAAGGUGCUGUCCAUCCGAGGCCUGGUCAUCCUGGCCCGCAAGACUGAGAAGACCGCCAAGGUGCAGGCCCUGCUGCCCUCCAUGGUGAAGGGCCUGAAGAGCGUGGAUGGGCUGCUGGUGAUGGAGGCGGGCCACAACCUCAAGACCAUCUUCAAGGGGCAGGACCGGAAGCUGAAUGACAGCUCGGUCUAUGUGGAGUUGCUGCAGAUCCUGCUGCCACACUUCAGUGACGCACGAGAGGAUGUGCGCUCCUUCUGCAUCAACCUGUACGGCAAGGUGGUCCAGAAGCUGCGGUCACCCUGCACGCCGGCCAUGGAGCAGCAGCUGGUCAGCACCUUGGUGCCCCUGCUGCUGACCAUGCAAGAGGGCAACACCAAGGUGGGCCAGUUGUGUGUGAAGACCCUGUUCCGCUGCUCUUGCUUCAUGGCUUGGGAAUUGCCCAAAAGAGCUUACAGCCGGAAGCCCUGGGACAGCCAGCAGCAGGCGGUGACCAAAAUUUGCAACUACCUUGUGAACACCCACCGAGACAGCGCCCUCACAUUUCUCAGCCAGAGCCUGGAGUACUCCAACAAUUCCCGGGCCUCCCUCCGCAAGUCCUCGGUCCUGCUCAUAGGGUCCCUGGUCCCCUUCAUGGAUAGCAUAAUGACGGAAGAUCGUCUGAAUGAAGUUAAAGCCGCUCUGGAAAACUUGAGACACGACCCGGAAGCAUCGGUGUGCAUCUGUGCGGCCCAAGCCCAGGACAGCAUCCUGACCAGCUGCUGGCGGACCUCCUGGCCAAUGACACAUGCAGACCUGUGGGUGUGCGACCCGGCCGCCACGCACCGCUGGGGCUCCAGCUGCGAGAACCUGCCCACGUCCCACCAGCCACGCUCCUGGAUCAUGCAGGCCCUGGGCUCCUGGACGACGUCCUUGAGGCAGUGAUGUCCCUGAGCCCCAGCCCUCCGCAGGGCAGG